AUGAUUGAUCUUAAUUAUAACGGAAGUUGUAAUUUAAUAAAUGACGACAGUGAUAAGGAUCAUAUAAAAAAUAAAAAAAAAAAUAAUAAAAAUGCUGAAGUUAAUGUAUCUUUUAAACCAAAUGAGUUUGAAUACUUCGAUUUAAAUGAAAUAUAUAAAAAAAAUAUACUGGUUGAAAAAAAUAAAAAAGAAGACAUUGUUGACGAAAAAGUUGGAAUAUUAGCUGAAAAUGUUGAUGAAAUAUUUUUUGAUACAAAAAUAGAUUCACAUAUAUUAAAUAAAAAAAAUUUAAAUUUGAAAGAUUAUAAUGGCAAUGAUAUAAAUCAAUUAAAAAAAGAAGCUAUAGAAAAUCAGAUAAUUAUAAAUAAUAAUAAUGGAAAGAUAAGAAAAUAUAGUUUAAUUGAUUAUAAAAUAUUGUGCCGAAAAAAUAAAAUGAGCGUUAUAGAUGUAAUAGAAAAUCCUUUGAUUGAAAAAGAAUUAGUAGAUGUUGUUAAUAAAGCAAACUUGAAAGUUCAUUGGGGCACUGAAAAAAUUAAAGAAUUCGAAAAAGAUAGUUCUAAUAAGAAUGAAAUUAAUUUAGAAAAAGAAAAAAUGUACAAAAAUAAUAGGCACAUUAUUAAUAAUUCUGAAAUAGAAAAUGAAUUUGAUGCUGCUAUUGAUUUAUUAAAAAGUUAUUAUCAAUUAAAAGAAACUUUUAUUUAUUAUAUUUCCCAAAAUGGUAAGUUAUUACCAGCAAAUAUGUCAAUAUUUAAAAAAGUUAUAAGCAUAAAAUUAUCAAAUAAUAAAACUAUAAAAAUAAAUAUAGAAAAUAUAAUAAAAGUAGAAGAUCAUUUAAUCAACUCAAAAUAUAUAAAAAUCAAUAACAUGCAAAAUUUGAAUUUAAUUGUUAUUAAUUAUAAAAAGUCAUCUAAAGUUUAUUACUUUCCCAUUAUAUUUAAAGAUAAACUAAAACUAUGUUUAUUUUUUAGUUUAAUAAAAUCAUAUCAUAGAAUAAAUUUUAAAGAAUUUUCAGAAGAAGCUAUGGAAUUAAUGUCUAGAUAUAGUUUAGGAGUUAAUGUUAAAAAAGUUUCAAAAAAUGGAAGAAUAUCUGAUUGUAAAAUUUUAAUAUAUGAUAAUGUUAUCAGAUUUUUUUCUACAACAAAAAUGAAAGGUAAAAUAUUUGAUAUUUUACAAGAUUUCUUAUCUUAUGAAACUUGCAUAGAUGUAUCAUAUUUUAAUUUACUUAGUGAAACACAAAAAAAACAAAUUAAUCAAGAAGAAUGUGUAGUUCUGCAUUUUAUUAAUUCAUCUGUUCCAUUGAUCUUUUCUUCACCAUCUGAAAGAGAUAAUUUUAUUAUGUUGUUUUUAUUUUUAAGAAGACAUUAA